AUGGCAAAAAGGAAGUAUGGAGCUUGGAAGGAAGAGGACAUGGAAAGAGCAUUGGCUGCAUAUAGAAAUGGAGACAUCGGCUUCAACGAAUGCUGCAGACAAUAUGGAAUUCCUAAACCGACUCUGAAGCGUCAUUUAGAUGGAAAAAAUAUUACUGCUAAUGAAGGGAAAAAAUCAAUGGGACGUCACACCACAUUACCACCUGAAGUGGAACAACAGCUUGUUGAACACAUAAAGAAACUGGAGGCAUGUUUUUUUGGGCUUACCAUAACUGACGUUCGUAGACUAGCAUUUCAAAUUGCUGAGAGGAAUUGUAUCCCCCAUGUAUUCAAUGAAGAGAGCAGAAUCGCUGGGAAAAAAUGGUACUACAAUUUUAUGAAACGCCACAAGGACAUUUCACUUCGUGAGCCUCAGGCAACAUCUUUGGCUAGAGCUCAAGGAUUUUCCAAAGAAAAUGUAAAUGAAUUUUUUGUACUUUUGAGAAAGACUGUAGAGGAGAAUAAAAUUGAUGCCACCUCUAUUUUUAACAUUGAUGAGACAGGCGUGAGUACUGUACAAAACAAAUGUCAGAAGGUGAUAGCUGAGAAGGGUAAGCGAGCUGUUGGGUCCAUAUCUAGUGGAGAAAGAGGUGUUAAUACCACUGUUGUUUGUUGUUCAAGUGCAGCAGGGAUGUAUGUUCCACCCUUAAUCAUAUUUAAGAGAAUGAGGAUGUGUGAUGAUUUGAAGGUUGGAGCACCACCUGGAAGUCUAGUGGAUAUUUCGGAAAAUGGAUGGAUAAAUUCUGAGUUGUUUGUUAAGUGGCUUCGACACUUUAUUGAAACAGUGAAGCCAACCAAAGAGAGAAAAGUUCUUCUCCUUCUUGAUGGCCACACAACUCAUUCCAAGAACUUGGAAGCAUUGGAAAUUGCUCGCGAGGCUGGCGUGAUAAUGUUGCAACUACCAGGACAUACAACUCAUCGUCUGCAACCAUUGGACAGGUCCUUUUUCAAACCUUUCAAAGGCUACUUCACUCAAGCUGUGGAUAAAUGGCUUCGAACAAACCCUGGUCUGAGAAUCACCCAAUAUCAGAUUUCACAGUUAGUGAAUGAAGCAUAUUGCAAAGCUGCCACAAUCGAAAACUCCUGCAAUGGCUUCAAAUGUAGUGGUGUUUGGCCUGUUGAUGCUUCGAUCUUUUCCGAGAUGGACUUUCUGCCAGCCGAGUGCCUCAACAAAUCUUCAGAAGAAAAUCUAGAGAAAGGUUAG